UGUUUGCAUGUUACAGGAAAACACCAUCAACCAUGUCCACCAUCAGCAGCUCAAACACAGCCUUUGCCUUGGAGCUGUUCCGCACUCUGAGCCAGACAAACCCUGCUGGAAACAUCUUUGUCUCUCCUCUGAGCAUCAGCUCAGCCCUGGCCAUGGUCUACCUGGGAGCUAAAGGAGACACUGCAGCUCAGAUGGCUCAGGCCCUCUCAUUCAGCUCAGGUGAAGGCGUCCAUGCAGACUUCCAGAAACUGAACGCUGACAUCAACUCACCAUCUGCAUCCUACAUCCUGAAACUAGCCAACCGUCUUUAUGGAGAAAACACUGCCCACUUCCUCCCAGACUUCCUUGAAGCCACACAGAAGUACUACCAGGCAGACCUGAAGGCUGUGGACUUCAUCGGAGCUCCAGAGGCGUGCAGAGCAGAGAUCAACAGCUGGGUCGAGCAGCAGACAGAAAAUAAGAUAAAAGACCUUCUGAAGCCAGGAACAGUCAACAAAGGUGACGGCCCAGACAAAGACCAGUUCAAAAGCCCCUAUCAGUAG